ACGUGGACCCCACCUCAAAAGAACACCCUGCAGUCGGCGGACCUUCCGCGGCUUCCCCUUCCUUCUCUGGCUUACACACCAUCGCUGCGGAGGAAAAACAGAGCUUACGGGGAGAGGGAGAGAGCGCAUAGCGAGUUGCGGGCGUCCUAUGCUCUGGUUCUGCCACUUAUAGCAGCGUUUCUGUGCCGCAAUUUAUGUUGACUUUUGGGUUAAUUGGCCUUUUCAUCAGCUGAAAAUGCAAGCUUCAACGUAUGCAGUGAAAGGAAGCGUAGGGGUCGAAGUUCGAAACAAUAGGUUUUCACCUGGUUUUGGGGUAUUUAGGAAGAGGAAUCUCUGCAUGACAGAUAGGGGCACCUGCUGUGGACUGCGUCUGGGUUCAGUCGCCAUGGGAGCCGAGCUUGCCCGUGCAGGAACUGCUGUCGAAUGUUUGUUUAGGUCUGCGGUGAAGGCCCGAUCGGUCAAGGCACAAGUUUCUGAUGGGGAUCUUGAGGAUGCUCCUUUAGACAAGCCUCUGGGAAAAUCUACUGGAAUUGUUUUACCAUAUGUUGGCAUUGCUUGCUUGGGAGCUAUUUUGUUUGGUUAUCAUUUAGGGGUGGUCAAUGGUGCUCUUGAAUACCUCUCUAAAGACCUUGGGAUUGUUGAAAACACUGUUUUACAAGGAUGGGUUGUUAGUGCAAGUCUAGCUGGUGCCACCAUUGGUUCAUUUACUGGGGGAACAUUGGCUGACAAGUUUGGUAGAACAAAGACUUUUCAAUUAGAUGCAAUUCCGCUUGCUGUUGGGGCAUUUCUUUGUGCCACAGCUCAGAGUGUGCAGACAAUGAUUGUUGGUCGUAUACUUGCUGGAAUUGGAAUCGGCAUUUCUUCUGCUAUUGUGCCACUUUACAUAUCUGAGAUAUCACCAACUGAAAUUCGUGGUGCCCUUGGAUCUGUAAACCAGCUUUUUAUUUGUAUUGGGAUUCUUGCAGCGUUGGUUGCUGGAUUACCUUUGGCAGGAAACCCUCUAUGGUGGAGGACGAUGUUUGUCAUUGCUGUGGUCCCCUCUAUUCUAAUGGCACUGGGAAUGGCAUUCUGUCCAGAAAGCCCUCGGUGGCUUUUUCAGCAAGGAAAGAUCUCUCAUGCUGAGAAGGCUAUCCAAACACUAUAUGGAAAAGAAAGAAUAGCUGAGGUUAUGCAUGAUCUGACAGCAGCUGGCAAAGGUUCUGUAGAACAAGAAGCAGGGUGGCUGGACCUAUUCAGCAGCCGGUAUUGUAAAGUUGUGAGUGUUGGUGCGGCCCUAUUUUUGUUCCAACAGUUUGCUGGGAUAAAUGCUGUUGUAUAUUAUUCUACAUCAGUGUUCCGCAGUGCUGGAAUUGAAUCUGAUGUUGCAGCCAGUGCUCUUGUUGGGGCAGCAAAUGUCUUUGGUACAGCAAUUGCAUCAUCCUUGAUGGACAGGCAAGGAAGGAAAAGCCUUUUGAUUACAAGCUUUUCUGGAAUGGCCGCUUCAAUGUUGCUGCUGUCCUUGUCUUUCACUUGGAAGACCCUGGCAUCAUAUUCAGGCACCCUUGCUGUUGUUGGGACUGUUCUGUAUGUGUUGUCAUUUUCACUUGGUGCUGGUCCUGUGCCUGCUCUUCUCCUUCCAGAGAUCUUUGCAUCUAGAAUUCGAGCAAAGGCGGUUGCUUUGUCAUUAGGCAUGCAUUGGAUAUCCAAUUUUAUCAUCGGCCUAUAUUUCUUGAGUGUGGUAAACAAGUUUGGAAUCAGUUCGGUGUACUUGGGAUUCGCUUCUGUUUGUCUUCUUGCGGUCUUGUACAUAGCUCGAAAUGUUGUGGAAACAAAGGGGCGAUCAUUGGAGGAAAUAGAACGUGCUCUUAGUCCUGCAACAUGAUCUCGUCCUUCAGAAGUUGAGGAAGCUGUUACAGUUCCUGUUGUGGCGGGCAAAUAUUAACUUGAGGAAGUUUAUUUCUCUUAACCUGCAUUCUGCUGUUUUUUGCGCUUGAAUAUUUUGUAAUCAGCUUUGGUAAAGCAGCUCAUGCAGUCCAGAGUUGUAGACCUAUUUAAAUAAAGCUUGAUAGUAUAUCUGCAAGGUUUUUCCA